AUGGUACCUGAACUGGACGAGGACUCUGUUGGGAGGUACAUCUGCCGAGCUAGAGUCCCAAUGCCGUCAGGAAACUGGCAGGAAUCGCAUGGAGUCAUAAAUUUGCAGUAUCAGUCAACCCCUUCUGGAAACAAUGCGGGUAGCUGCACCUGUGUAGUUUUGUGUCCAUAAUCACGUUGCGAAUUUUGUUUUAAAAGUCACAGAAUGCGGAUUUUCAGCAGCUCCUAAACAUUUAGUCGAACCAGUUUUAUCGCCAUUUGCAUUUAUAUGCCAUACCAAAGACGAUGACUAGAUUAUAUUACCACAGAGAAGCAUACAGAGAAGCAGGACUGGUUAGUAACACCUAUAAGAUGUGUUCUUCAUAAGUAUCUAGUUGAAACGUUUUUUCCUCAAAUUAGGCACGCAAAUGUGUACAUAUACGUGCCCUAGGGACCCUGUGGGGACAGUAACUUUGUCAUAUCGAUGUCCCGUUCAUAAUGGACUAAUUUUGUAGUUAUUGUAAAAGAGUGGUCAAACUUAGUGAACAAGGAAGACAGUAUGGUUUUCAAAUAAUUUUGAAUCUUUCCACUUUGUACCUGCCUUCUGCUAAAAUCCAGGCAGAAAAUGGAAAAAAUUAACUAUUAUGUCAUAGCCAAGCUAAAAUGCAAGAGACUAUUUUUAACAGAAUUUCUGAGCACUGAGUAUCGGUUUGAAUAUUAUUACUGGAUAGAAGGUUGUGACCUUGUAAGAGAUCUUAUGACUUCCAAAUAACUGUCUUGACUGUAAACUACAUCCGCCCGUCGACUCCACCUACUUAUUUUCUGACGCAAAGAAGGUUCAAUUUCAAUUUAUCCACAGUGAAUUCCGCCUGAUGUAGCUCAUCUGAUGAGAAUGUUCAUCCUGUCGCUCCACGUCUUUCAUUCUGGAACAAGGAACCAAAUUUGGCCGUCUAACUCUACUAAACGGAGGAGAUUGCAGUUCGAAGACAUAUGGCUACCUUCUAGUUAAUAACACAUCGGUAGUUGCGUUCAGACUUGCGAGACCCUGUCCAACGUCAGUUGGCCGGAUAACCAGGACGAAGUUCGAGUGAUAAUGCGAAAUGUCGGGCCAAUAAAUUUUUUGUCUCGGUGAUUGCAUCUAUGUCUUCUGAACUGCUUCCUGGAAAUCGCCUGUUCGGUUCUAUCGGAAGUCAGUAGUCUGGGGUUUAUGCUAGAGAAAACACAAUAAAUGGCCAAAUCUCUAAAUCGAUUAGAUUUCAAUGACCUUAACCAUUUAAACUAGCUGGACUGUCCUUCAGCCCAAGUGGCUGUGGACGAGCACCCAGGCUAUUAAUUCCUCUUCUACACUCAUUCCAACACGAAUACUUGUACUUGAUACGGCUGCGAUCAUGCCUGAUCUAGCCGGCCUCGAUGACGUCCCGAACCGUACCUCUCCACGCGGGACGAUCCGCGGCAGCAGAUAUGGACAGCUCAACCCAUUUCCUUCGCCAACCUCACUCAUUCAAACAUCAUAAACAAGUUCAUAAUAAGUGAGGUAUUUUGCCGGAAUCACACUUUGCUUAAGACGCUACAAGCGCACAAUGCCUGGGUGAUGCUGAUGGAUUUCAGCCCAGAUAUUCAUAUCGAAGUUUAGUCUUAGUUUAUAAGCCUCAAACAAACCGAUUCACUCUAGGUAAGUGAUUAGUUUUUGAUGAAAUUAGAAACCGGCAAUUUCAAAAGUGGGGUAUAUAUCAAAAUCCACACAGGGAACGCAGGAGGACCUACUGAUGAGGUGAGUCCCUCGUAGGUAUGUCAUGCAGCGGCGGCCUGUCGGUGAAACACGUGUCUGAGCUUUUGUCUAGUACUUGUGCUGUCAAGCAUGACACAUCGUGCCGCCUAUGUUCUUUAGUCUGUCCAUUUAUGUACGAUUUGGUCCAAAGUCGAUUAAAACUACCCCUAGAUCUAUCGUAAGAUGGUCAUAUUCUAACUGGCCAACUGAUCUUCGUCGAAGUUCGAAGAAGGCAGGGCAAAACUGUUAACACUGUCUCUUAGAUCAACUGACAUUCAACUGUGAACAGGUGGCCGUCGUGGCAAACAACAGAUCCAUCGGUGAGCUGUGUUUUCGAUGCAUUUUUGCGACAGUGCCAAAAGUGUAAGAUAAUGGAGAUUGGACUUAUUUGCUUUGCUUUAAAAUCGCUAAUAAAUAGGAAAAAAUGGAAGUCUUCUGCCUACACGUUUCACUCAGUGAGAACCACUGAGAACCGAAUUAGGUAAAUGUCGGAAGCGUAACGUUCUCACCGUGUCUACAAGAGUGUUCGCUUAGAACGUUAUGGAAGGGAGAAAUCGGACGUUGACUCGGUGGAUUGUGAUUUUUCAGCAGUCAGGAUCUAAGUCCCUGCAUGCAGGCUACUCAGUGGAUACAGAGAAGGCAUCUUAUAAAAUGCCAGUUUGUAGUCGUAUGUAGGCUUCAGCUUUCGAUAUUCAGGUUAUCCCUUGACUUAGUUGCCAGACUUAGUUAGAAUAAGCUCCUCGGUCUCGGUAAAGUAUUGGACAUAAGCCGUUCCCUGCUCAUGCAAUCUUACAGGCGGGACUUGGAAAUUUAGACCAGUUUUCCGUCCCGAGGCGGUGCAAGCAGUCUGCCUUUUUUCCUGUGUGGUUGUGUCCUCUGUGCAUUAAAUGUAAGCAUCUGACCUCGGACAACGGUCGCCAUUUCAUGAUGACGUCCUGCUCUUGUGACCUUUUCUAGAUGCUCAGUUUACCAGAUCGAUGCCCGGGUACAGCGCCACUAUCGCACCUUUACAAGGUCCGCAAAUGCUUGUUCAUCGGGCGUCCCUCCGCCUAGUUCGCAGCGGUCCCUGCUGCCAGACAGACGUUCCAAUACCAGACACUGGCGACCACACUGGGUAG